AUGUUCAUGCUCCCAGUAGUGUCACUGUCACAUGUCACGCACUCUUCAAGUGCAUGUCGAACCCACACAGGAGAGAAGCCUUUUGAGUGUAGUGUGUGCAACAAGAAAUUUGCAGAUAGUAGUGGUCUCCGCACACAUCUUCGAACCCACACAGGAGAACAGCCUUUUGAUUGUAGUGUGUGCAACAAGAAAUUUGCAGAUAGUAGUGGUCUCCGCACACAUCUUCGAACCCACACCGGAGAAAAGCCUUUUGAGUGUAGUGUGUGCAACAAGAAAUUUGCAGGCAGUAGUUGUCUCCGCACACAUCUUCGAACCCACACAGGAGAACAGCCUUUUGAGUGUAGUGUGUGCAACAAGAAAUUUGCGAAGAAUACUAAUCUCCGCACACAUCUUCGAACCCACACCGGAGAACAGCCUUUCGAGUGUAGUGUGUGCAACAAGAAAUUUUCUCAAAGUCAGGACUUGCAUGCUCAUCUUCGAACCCACAUAGGAGAACAGCCUGUUGAGUGUACCCUGUGCAACAAGAAAUUUAGGACUCCUGGUAAUCUUCGCUCACAUCUUCUAACCCACACGGUUCUUCUUACAUAAUUGACAGCUACGCUCGGCUACGCGCACAUCAUAGAACCCAUAUCGAAGAUGAUCUUAAUGUAUUGUCACAAGAAAUUUUCUAAAAAAAAAGUAUCUGAGUUGACAUUGCCGAACCGUCGAAGGUCAGAGAAAAAGGUUUCUAA